UUAUUAUCAUCAUCUUUUAUGACAAAUCUUGAUUGCUAAGCAACCAAACAAACAAAAACAAGAUGUAUCGAUUAUUGUUAAUCUUAUAAAUUGGUGUUCAUUAUCAUUGCUUAUGUUCUUUCAUCAUAUCAAAUCAAUCAAACGAUAAUAAGCUGCCUUAUAUGAAUAUUGCUCAAAUUGAAUCAAAUUAUAAUGACAAUGAAUGAUAAUGGUAAUGAUGAAUCAAUCUUGAAAUUAUUUCAAGAAUAUAAAAAAUUUUGCCAUAAUAAAAUUAACGAUCAAAAUUCGACCAAAGAUGAAAAAAUUUCAUUUAUGAAUAAAAUUAUCAAUAAUCUAUUUGAUCAAAAUGAACAAUUGAUUGAAUUGAUAAUCGAAACCAAACAAAAUGCUGAAAUUAAAUCAAUGGAAAUGAAUCGAUUUAUGUUGGAAACGGCAACAAAAACAAUCGACAUAGGACAUGCACUGUCAUCUUACGAGCUAGAAAUGAAACACUUUACACAACGAAAAUUGCCUCAAUAUUUGAAUCUAAUCACUUUACUUGAUGAUCAAUCGAAUUGUUUGAAUGAUUUUGAAAAGGAAAAUAUUCAUCUUCGAAUGGAAAAUAAAUUGCUAAAUGAUAAUAUUGAAUCAAAGAAUAUUGAACUCGAACAAUAUAAGAAUAUUGUUGCCAAUUUGAUCGAUCAUAAUACAACUAAUGAAAAUAGUCUGGCUAUUCAACAAUCAACAACAGUUUCAGAAUCAUCUUUAAUCGAACGAUUUAACGGUAAAAAGUUGGCAGAACAAAAAAUGACAAUCGAUUCGAUGAUUUGUGCAUCAAUAAUCGAUGAGCUAAUCAAUACGGUUGAAAAUGAACAAGAAGAAACGAAUUAUUCAGAUGAUUCAACAACAACAACAUCCGAUGCAACAACCAUUGAUCAAUGGUUUGAAUAUUCAGAAACGGAAUUUGAAAAUGCUUGGUGCAAUAUUCUAAUGAAUUUUGAUAAUAACAAUAAUCUUUAUUCAUAUAAAAUGAAUGAUUGUCGAAUUUUAUCCUUAAUGUCAAUCAUGUUGAAUGAGAUUGAACAUAAAAAUACUGUGAUAAAUGUAAUGAAAAAUGAAUCCUGCCAUAAUCGUAAAAAUUUUUUAGAGCUUCAUUAUCGUUUUAUUGAACGUGGAUUACAAAUGUUAAAAUUUUUGAUAAAACUAAUCGAUUUGUCACAAGAAAAUGAUGAAUUCAAAUCUAAUUUACCAAUGAUACAAACAAUGGCCAAUAAUAUUGAAAAUGAAAUCAAAGAAAUUGUUCAUUAUGAAGAAACAUCAAUCACUAUUUGAUGAUUCGAAAACAAAACAAUAAGAUUGUUAAUUUUAUUGAGUCAAUUUUUUAAAC